AGUUCCAGCCGCUCGUGUCUCCGGCCAGAAAGCUGCUGCUUCCCGGGACGGAGCGAGUUAAAGGCGCGCAGAGCAGCUCCAACAUGCCGUUUGUCUCCGAGCGCACAGCUGCAGCCAGAUGUUCGAGGCGAGGAGGAAAAGUUCCGGAGCCCCGCAGGAAGCAGAACCAAUGAUCCCUCAGCUUCGUGAUUAUGUGUCACGCUGGUUGUGGAUGAAACCACAGCGGGUUUUUUCCAAGUCGCCCUGAGGACGUGCGGGAAGCCCAUCCCACUCCCGCCGAGGAUCUGCGCUGCAGCUUGGCUCUGCUCUGCUGGAUCUACCGGCUCCUUCCUGCCUCUACCAGGAGCUCCAGGUCCGCGGAUGCCUCCUUUUGCAGACACAAAGAGGCGCUUUCAGCAUUUUUAAGGUGACCGCCUUCCUCCAGCCUGCAGGCGGGUCUCUCUGCUCGAUCCUCGGCUUCCUCCCUCUCAUGGACUAUUGAUAAGUUUCCGAUCAGAUUGAUGAUUGGCGGCUGCGUCAGCGGCACCGGAUCGGCCGCGGUCUGUCUGUGGAUUGUCGGACGCCUCAUGUAGUGAUCUUUGGGCAGCAUUCCUGGAGCCUUCCCGGAGCCCCGGCAGCUGUCUGCCCGCCGCCUGCAUGCAGAGCCUUUGCAGGGUCAAGAUGCAGUUUCGGACUGUGCUGGACGUGAAAGUCGUGGACGUGGAGAAGAGGCGCAACCCGUCGAAACACUACGUGUAUCUCAUCAAUGUCACCUACUCUGACAACACCUCCCACAUCAUCUACAGAAGAUACAGCAAAUUCUUUGACCUACAGAUGCAGAUACUCGACAAGUUCCCGAUUGAGGGAGGGCAGAAAGACCCAAAGAAGAGGAUCAUCCCGUUUCUCCCAGGCAAAAUCCUGUUCCGGAGGAGUCAUGUGCGAGACGUGGCCAUGAAGCGGCUGCGUUUCAUCGAUGACUACUGCAGGGCCCUGGUGAGACUCCCCCCUCAGAUUUCUCAGAGCGAGGAGGUUCUGCGCUUCUUUGAGACGAAAACGGACGACAUCAACCCUCCAGUGGAGGACUAUGGAUCCAAGCGCAAGUCGGUGUGGAUGUACGGCUUUACAGACAGCCCGAGGAAAGAGGCCUCAGGGAUCGACAGCUCGGAGCCCAUGGUGCUGGAGCAGUAUGUGGCCGUGGCCAACUACGAGAGGCAGGAGAACUCGGAGAUCAGCCUCAAGGCCGGCGAGACUGUGGACGUGAUCGAGAAGAGCGAGAGUGGCUGGUGGUUUGUCAGUACAGCAGAGGAGCAGGGUUGGGUUCCAGCCACAUACCUGGACUCCCAGAAUGGAACCAGAGACGAUCUGGAUCUGGGCACUUCCAGAACUGGAGAAGUUACUAAGAGACGUAAGGCCCAUCUGAAGAGGCUGGACCGCCGCUGGACCCUCGGUGGUAUCGUGAACCGGCAGCAGAGCAGAGAGGAGAAAUACGUGACGAUACAGCCGUACGCCAGCCAGGGCAAAGAUGAGGUGAGCUUUGAAAAGGGGGUCACCGUGGAGGUCAUCCAGAAGAACCUGGAGGGCUGGUGGUACAUCAGAUACUUGGGAAAAGAGGGCUGGGCCCCAGCCUCCUACUUGAAGAAAAUUAAAGAGGACUUCUCCCCCCGUAAGAAGACCCUGACGGGCCCUGUGGAGAUCAUCGGCAACAUCAUGGAGAUCAGCAACCUGCUGCAGAAGAAGUCGGUCAGCGAGAAGGACAUCCAGACGGACGGCGAGGGCAGCACCACCCCAGAGCGCCACAUCUCCAAGAGCGAGAUCAGCCUGCCGAUGCCCUACAACUCCGAGAUCAACGCUGAGACGGGCAGGAGGCUGAGUGCCGGCCGCGACACCAACAGUCCGUGUCUGGGAAUAGCAGCGAGCGCCGCCCGCAAUGAAAAUAUAUCGAGAGGAGAGCCGGGGUCUCCAGCUGUGGCAAGAGUGGCUCCGCACAGAGUGGAAAUCGGAUUUGAAGCUAUAGGGUCUCCAAAUCUGAGGCAAAAACCUCCCCCGAGAAGAGAUACCAACUUGGGUUUCCAGUUACCCAAACCACCAGAGCCUCCUGCUGUGGAAGCAGAGUAUUACACCAUAGCAGAUUUCCAGUCCUCGAUCUCCGAUGGCAUCAGUUUCCGUGGAGGACAAAAGGCUGAUGUGAUAGAGAAGAACCCUGGGGGCUGGUGGUAUGUGCAAAUCGGAGAGAUGGAAGGCUGGGCUCCCUGUUCGUACAUUGACAAACGCAAGAAGCCCAACCUCAGCCGUCGGACCAGCACUCUGACCCGCCCCAAAGUCCCACCGCCGGCUCCGCCCGUCAAAAAGCAAGACUCAGAGGAGGCUCCCCCUCCUGCUAACUCUGCUUCCAAAGCCACAGAGCCACCGAGCAGGCCGGUGUACGAGGAACCAGAAUAUGAUGUUCCUGCAAUCGGAUGUGAAGGAGAGUCUGACGUUGAUUCUCUGAAGGAUGACCGUUCCCUGGAUGUGAAGAUCAGUAGCGUGGUUGGCGACAAGUACCGCAACUCGCCUCCCUCCUGCAAAGCCUCGCCACCUGUCUGCAAGGCCUCCCCAGUGUUCACUCAUCGAAGAACCUCCUUCAGGUCCGUUGAGGAGGUCACUAAAGAGGAAUGUAUCUACGAGAACGAUGGCUUCAGGCCAAGCAGUGGCAUUGAAGGAACCUUAGCUAAAGGUUCCAGCGAGCCCAGCUCCCCAAGGAGCUACCACUCCUCCACAGUCCCACGAAAACCAUCCGGAUCUUCACCUUUAGCUGGUAGACCCAUGAAAACCAUGACACCAGAGAUGCAUCGGCGAAGCCAGACCCUGGGCAGACACAUGGACAUCAGCCUCCGGUCCCAGGACAACAGCUCCCACUCUUCAUUAGAUGAACUGAGCAGAGGCCCGAAGAAAGGCCCGAACUUCAACCGAGAUGUGGAGCAGAGAAUAGGCCAGAGCCCUUCGACCCGGCCCAAGCCUUCUGUCAGACCUAAACCCCUUCUGACCAAAUCAGAGCCACAGAGCCCAGAGAGGAUGGACAUCACCUCUCUGAGACGGCAGCUGAGGCCUACGAGUCAGUUCCGACAUGGCCUCAAACCUUCUCGCGGGGACGACUCAGAAACUGCCUCCGUCAUCUCUUCGGAGGACUCGAUGUGUUCACGUAGUACCUCAGAUCUCUCUUCUGUUUACUCCAAAGGCAGCCGUGGUGACUCAGAUGUGGAAGGCCCCAAUUUGUACCGCUCCCUGGACGUCUAUAAGAAGGUCCAGGACUCUGAGAUCAGUUUUCCAGCCGGGGUGGAGGUGGAGGUUCUGGAGAAGCAGGAGAGCGGUUGGUGGUACAUCCGCUGGGGCUCAGAGGAGGGCUGGGCUCCCUCAUACUACCUGGAACCUGUCCGACAGGUAGGUGACGUUGGUGGGCUGGAUUCAGAUGGACACGGGAGUGGUGGGAGUAAGUCCAACAGCCUCGAGAAAAACGAGCAGCAUGUGUUGGCCCUUAAUAACAUCAACAUUCAGAGUCUGACCCAGCAUCAAAGCCUAAGAAGGAACACUCCACCGAUUCCUUCCAAGCCUCCAGGCGGCUUCUCAAAACCAUCUGGGAUGGUUAACGGAGGUGUACGGAUGAGGAAUGGGGUACGCCAGGUGGCGGUGAGGCCUCAGUCUGUAUUUGUGACCACAACUCAGCCAGCAAAGGAUACCCACUACAUGACGGGGUCCUUGAGGAGAAACGACUCCCUUGGCAGGAGCGACCACUAUGGCUCUGGUUCUGCCACUCUCGGUGUCCGCCGAAAUGCCUCUUUCAGUACUGUGCGUCCACAUGUAGUGGUUGAAAGUCAGACCAGGCCUGCUGAGCGCUCCAGCCUGGGCUCUUCAGGCAGCGCCUUCAGUACAAGCAAUGUCCAGGACGCCCUGACUCGAGUGAACCAGCGCAACGGCAUCCCCGUGUCCACAGUCCGACCCAAACCCAUCGAGAAGAGCCAGCUGAUCCACAACAACCUCGGCAGGGACGUGUACGUGUCUAUUGCCGACUAUCGUGGCGACGAGGAGACGAUGGGUUUCUCUGAGGGCACCUGCCUGGAGGUUCUGGAGAGGAACCCCAAUGGAUGGUGGUACUGCCAGGUGCAGGACAGCCUGCUUCCCCGCAAGGGCUGGGUCCCCUCCAACUACCUAGAGAGGAAAAAAUAAACCCCACAUCUUUCCCCCUUUCCUCACCCCUCUGAUGUCUCCAAAGAACUGGGUGGCAUCACUCCUUAAGAAUGUUACCCGCAAUCUCCCGUAAGCAAUAUGUCCAUGGAAAUGUACAUUUAUGAGUGUAAAAAGAAAUGUUUUAACCUGAUGAGGAAGGACACUUUUAGUGCUGGUUUACUAAAAUUUAUACAAAAAAGGAAGAUUUUAAAUAUUUUGCCUGGGAAUGAUCAGCAGAUAUGUGGAAGACUGAUGAGGACCAUGUCUUUGAGAUAUAAAACAGUAUGAAUGGGAGCGAUAACCUCUUAAAGAGGUCGUACAGAAGCUGAGCAGGGUAAUGGCUAUGCUUAUACCUGCCCAUCACUGACUAUGAUGGCCGAUAAGUGCCUUUUGUAUUUGAUCACCGGAAUGGAGGUCCUAAAUGGUGGAUGGCAAAACAUGAAACCAACCAAAUCUUACAAGAGUGCCAUAGUCCUACGAACACCACCAGGAGUAUUUCUAAUGAAGAGCUCCACCACUGAGCGCAAACAAAGUGCAAAUCUAGAAUGCUCUAACUGGUCCGAACCACAGACAUAACAAAGAUAAACAGAUUUAAGAAACUCGAGUCACCAGAGGCUUUAUUCGUUUUAAGCCACAAGUCAUCAAAGACGGUAUUUAAAUCUUGUUAUCAUGACUUUUAUUUAGUUUGUUCAUGUUGCAGCGUCUUGUGUUGAUGCCAGUCUUCCUUAGAGAAUUAUUUCUGCUUUCUUGUGACAUCGGUUUUCCACCGACAGCCUGGAUUUGGAAAAGUGAAAGCUCCUACCUGAAGUGAACAUAUAUAGAGUCGGUACUCUGAUCUGAUUAAUUGGCAAAGACACAGAGAUAUGUUAAUAUCCAUGUGUUUAAUCCCAGAUGUAACUAUUUGGGAAAACAAAUGUAUUUAAAAAAAAAAAAAAAAACCUGUAAAACUUGAAACAGUCGGAUGUUAUAGGAACAACCUCCAGAACCAAACCACCUCAUAUCUGGGAGGGUAAUAACCUCAAAAGAUGAACACAGUUUACAAACUUUUAGUGUAUUGUUAGCUCCAGGAACAGUUGAUUUUGUAUAUAUUUAGUUUUCUAUAAAUAUAAUAAAGCCGCUGUUGCGGUGAUAUAUUAAGUACUGGAAAUGCGGUGAAAUAAUUGAAUCCCAGGGAUGUAUCUGCAUAGCAUUUUGCCCAAAAUGUGAUCAACCAAAGAGAAAUAUCAUUUCAUUGGCAGUUUUUUGUGAUUUUGCUGUUUAUUUAUGGCACAACUUAUACAGUUUGUUCACCAAAAUGCCUAAAACGAGGUUUCUGAACUGAAAAAUAAAAGUUUUUCUGGAAGCACUUGAUACAUUUUAGUAAAAUUAUAGAUCCAAACAAGAUAUAAACAACUAAAUUGUAACAUUAUAAAUUGCUGUGCAGUAUUGGGCUUGACAGUUUAUUAUCUUGUUUCAUAGUUUAGGUUUGUCGCAUCUUCAAAAUUGUAUAAAUGAAAAAUGUUGGAAAUAAGUCACCCACAGUAGAGAAGUGAGCUGAAAUACAACUUUCAAAAUUCAAACGGCUGAUGUUCAAGACUGCUGAAAUACGUUUUCUAAUGAACUGUGUGAGCUCUCCAUACAUAUGAGGCUGAACACUAACAUUUCAUUAUGUUUCUGCUGGACAGUAUCAUAGUAUUAAAGUACAGUACCUGCUAGAUGGCAGUUAUCUAUUUCAGCAAAACCAUAUUUGUUUUUUGUUUGUUCAUUUGUUACUCUGUGAUCACACAGUGGCAAUAAUGAGGAAUGAAGUGGUUCUGUUUUGUGGAUUAGUGCACUUUAAAAAAAAUUAUAGUGCAUUAAUAUAAAGAUGCAGUAAAUACUCAGCAUAUUAUUUAUUAUUGGUGGAGUUUUUGUAGUUAUUUAAUUUUUUUUUCUUCUCAAGUGAGAGGAACAAAUGAAGUCUUUCUGGAUAGAAUUGGAGAAACAGAGACCUCUUGUGGAAGCUUAAAGGCACUACAACAUGAUUGUGUGACGAUUGGAUAGCUUCCCUACCUCAGUGCAAUAAGAAAAGCACUGCUGGUCAGUGAGUCUCCCCAAAAACUGUACAGAAAUUCAAUGUUUUUCUAAUUUAAAAAAAAAUCUCAGUGCAGCUGAAAGUUGUAAUUUUUGUUUUGUUUUGUAUUGGGCAAUAAUUUAUUUUUUGGGAAAUUUUUCUCUCAAUGCUGUGCUGCAACUUUAGCAAUUCAUGGGCACUUCCUUCAUCUUUAUUGUGCUUUACAUAAUGCCUGAUUGAAGCAUAUUUAUUAUGAAUAGUUUAAUAUUGUGUCAUGGUUUGACAAUCACCAUAUUCCCUCAUUCUAAGCAUUAUUUUUUGCUGUUUUACAGUCGAUUAACACAAGGAUUGAAUUCAAAAUGCUGCCACAGCAGUCGACAAAAAUCCAAACAAAUCCUCAUUUAUGAUUAUAUUAAUGUAUUUAAUGAGGCCGCCCCUCCAUUGAGACAAAGGCAUUAUGUAAAUGUGUUGAAUCACUCUUUAACAUUUCGCUCUAGCACAUAUUAUUAUUGCAUAUCCCUUUGUUUGAUUGAGCUGAACUUACUUGCAAGGGAAUCGCUCUGUGUCAAGCAUACAUUUAGCUGUGUAGCAUCUAUCUUUAUUCUUUGAUUUUUUUAAAUUUCCUCUUUUUGCUCUAAAUUCUGAGAUGUACCCACGAGGAGAUGUGCAAUAGAUGAUUAAAAAGAAAAACAACAACAAAAAAAAGAAAAACGGCAACACAUCAUGCUUCAACAAGAGGAAAAAAAAUGUCAGAACAUUGCCAUUACAUGUGCUGGGAGGAGACGCUCCCGGUCAAACUGCCAGUCACGAGCUUCUACCUUCACUUCAAGUGUGUCAUGUUUGAGUCUGUCUGAAAGAGCAGAUGUGUGAGGCCCUAAAAGCAGCCGAGAAGUCAUUGGACCAAAGCAGCCGCAUGUGACACCUCGUUAACUCCUGACGUGAUGAACUGAGCUGCUGCUCCAGCAGUGGACAGUGAUUUGUGAAUGGCAGAAACACACAGCGGUGAGUCAUCUGAGAUCUUCUUCACAGAUGGAGAGUCUCGGGCCCGUCGUCAGGGGCCUCUGUGGCCCUGCUCUGAGCUGUCACGUUCGUGCCUGAAUGGAUUUUUGAUAGUUUCUGUGUUGUUGUUUUCUUCUUCUCUUCUUCUUCUUUUUUUCUGUUUGUUGGUUUGUUUUCCCUCUGGACUGUGUCCUCUCUUGACAUUUAACCCACUGCUGUCAAAGCGGCUUCUUCCUCAAAAAUCUCCACAGCAAGGGUGACGUUGUGCCAGGAACCGUCAUGGGGCAAAGUGACGUUGGUGGCGGUAAACAAGAGAGCGGCGAGGUGAAUGCUUCUUCAGGCCGCCUCAGUUCCAUCCAUCAACUUCCUAGAUUCGCACCAUAAGUAGAAAAAUCUUUUAUUUUUCUCUCUGCUGAGCCCAGGCCGGCUUUGUUUGGCGCUUGUGUCCAAAAAUCUUUUUUCUUAAAGCUCCACCUUUAACAAAAAAUUUUCAAAAAAUCCCUUAUUUGCUGUGUUGCUGACAGUUAAAGGAAAAGACUGAUAUCAUUCUUAUGCUACUGUGUUAGAAGGCUGUUCCCACUUUUAUCUAUGGCUCAGUUUUGACCUGGGUUUUAUUUUGUUUCAUCAUAAUUUGAAACCAACCAGUGUUUAAUAUGCUGCUGAGACCAGGUGGGAUGAAGAAACCUCCACUACAUGACAACUUUACAUGAAAAAUCUGAGUAUUUUAACAUUCUGAGGAGAAGGAGCUUAGCUUAUCAUGACAUGAUUUACAACCAGUUAAUUUCAUACUUUCUGCUGCAAAUUAUGUCUAAUGCUAAUUAUGAUUAUUCCAAUCAGUAUUUUAAUGUGUCUUAAAACGUUCUUGGAGGAGAUCUUUUAAUAUAACAGCUGGGAGCAGAAAAACAGCAAGGCUGACUGAAAAAUGUCAAAAACCUGUCAAUUCUUCAAAAACUCACCACGGCCUUGUUCAUUCCUGGUUUUAACAAGUGAUCUGAUCACAAGUGGACAGAGACAUUACAGAUAUGGAGACAUUCAGUGGUGGUCUGUUCUAUGUAUGUCUGCUCUAUUUAGCAGUAUUUGCACAAAUGUUUUAAUAGCUUCUGUGCCAGAUGGCACAGUUAUAGUGUCAUAAAUCCUAAAAAGAAAAGCGGGGGGUGGGGGGUGGGGGGUGGGGGGGGGUUGUAGUGCUCACAGAUUUUACCAACCACUAACAAAAAUGGGAGACAUGCUGUGGAUAUAACUGUUUCCAUAGUUUUCUCCUGCCUGUAAACACAGCCUGCAGUUCAGCCCAGUACAGCUGAAGGGUUCCUGAGUUUUUCCUCAAAUGACUCUUGGUCACAGCUGAGGCAGUCAUGGCUUCAUGGUUGCACUGAGGAGCACAGAAAGCAACCGAUCAUAGCGAAUAUUGUGAUUUUGCUUAGAUUUGGUUCAUUUUUGGAUGGAAUGGUCUGUCACAGAGGAUCAGUUCAAAGACUUCCAUGAAGCUACAGGCCAGACAUUUCUUUCUGUUUUUACUGUUUUUGGCUGUGAAAAAUGGUGAAAUUCUGAAGAUUUUUAAAGACAGCAUGCCUUUUUAAACCGGCAGCUUUGGGAUUCAGAGGGUUUAAAGUACAUAAACAGGCGACAACAACAACUGCUGAUUUGUUCUCCUCCUUUUUUGUUCCAGCAGACUAGGUACAUGAGUGCAUUGCUGCCUUCCGAUGAUUUAAAAACAACAACACUUUUGGUCUCUGCAAACAGAAAUUCUGCUUUUAUGUUCAUAUGAAGUGCUGAAGUGAGAUCCAGUCAGGAGUGAAGACAUUUAAAAGCCAGGUGUGAACAAGUCCUUUUUCGAAAAGACAAGUGGCGGUUUUAUAAUAGGUUGAAACACUAGAAAAAAUUCCCCUGAAAACUCCACUUGGUGUUUUUACACUUGAGCUGUUAUUUUGAUUAAACUAACAAAAAAUACUGUGUUAAUUAAUGAGCUGUAGAGGACUUUUUUAAAACUUUGGACAAAGCCAGUCUUACUGGUUCCUGUUAGCCGAGCCUAGCAUAGGCUCGGCUAACAGUCUCCUCUUCAAAUUUAGUGUACAGACAUGAGAGUGGUAUCAAUCUGUUCAGCUAACUGUCAGCACAACGUGAAUGAGCUUAUUUGCCAACACCUACAAGUUUUCACCAGUUCAGACGAUCUCAGCUGAUAUUUGGUAACCAAGUGAUGAUGAGGAAUCAUUCCCGCCACAAGAAAUGCAUAUGUGCAUGCCAGUAUCCUUAUUACCACACUAUGCUAGUAUAGUACGACAGAAAAGGCUUGUCUCAAUACAUCUAAUGUCAAAAAUACUCAGAUGCACCACUACAUCCAGACUUUUCUGGCCAUUCUGACCCACAGUCUUCUGCACAGUUAUGCCACAUUCUUUGUUGCAUGACUUCAAACAUCAGAAAUUAGGUGCUCUAAUAUGACAUAGUAGUAUGUCCCAGUUGUAUGCAAACUGCCUGAAACAGUGCAUACUUAGUGAGUGCAGCAGUUGCCGGGUGAUACAGCUCUGUGUCAUUCCUCCCUUUCUUUGUAUUCUAACUAAUGGAUGGUUUCUCUCAGGCAUGGAACACCUUUAGCUCUUUUAUUUAAACGUUCCUCGACACAGCCGAACCGUCUGUUCCCGCUGAAACGAUGGCGCCACUUCGGAGGCUUCUGGUUGGGCGUUUGAGUUUGUUUUAGCACGAUGAGAUGGUUUUUUUUGCAGGUGUGCUUAAGAAAAGAGAAGGUCAGAUAGGAGAGUAGUGAGAGUGGGAUGCAGGGAGACAGAAGAUGGAUCAGAUGGCGGAUUCUGGCAGUGAGAGGAGGUGAGCUUCGAUGGAGAUGAAAGGGCGAUGGGCACCAAUUCCACCUGAAACAUGCAGAGGCCCGUUUCUAUCAAACUCCUGCUAACCAACCCGACUAAUGAGCUCUCUGCUUCCAAACCUGAGUUGUGAAAUCUUAUUACAUCAAACAAUGUUUUAAUUGUGGUGCAGAGAGACAAAUGAAUUGACGUUCCAGCAGCAACAGCUUCUCUCAGCCUCCCAUCCGUUCGCAGAAGAGCUGCAGAGCCGAUCCUACGUCUGAUUUUAGCUUCUUUUACUGCCAGUGUCUUCAGAUCUCAUGUAGCCCUGAGGGUGAGAGAGUUUGAGCAGCGUGUUGGAAAAAGUUUUUUGGAAUAAGACAAAAAAAACUUCAAAUGAUGGAUUCUUGUCUCCCUCAUUCCUUUGUGAUUUUGCAGGGAAAAUAACUGAAUGAUGUAAAAGACAGGAUUUGAAGGGUUUGUAAUGAAACAAGCUUUAAUUGUAAAGGAGAGAAAUCAAAAGGGGGACUUCAGAAGUCGCUCAGCUGUGCUUGAUUGGAGGAAGGUUUGAUAGGAAAGUUUUAGCAAGUGUGUGGGUGCAGGUGGGACGUAUUUGGGGGGGUGCUUUUGUAGGUUUUUAAAUUAUUGUCUAGUUUGAGUGUGAGAAAAGACAGAAAGGAACAAGCGACGCUGCGGGGCUUUUUCUCAAGCAGUUGGGGUGGAAAAUACAUAUUUUUUAAAAAGCCCCUGCGAAUGUGGGAAUGCUGAUUAUUUAUGUCAUUCUGGAAAGUUGCUCACAGGAUUGUUUGAGGUGCCAGCGGGCAUCAGCGGGAGCCGUCGCCGAGCUCCAGAGAGAGAGGCUUGUGUCGAGGAAUGAGGCGCUCCACUGCGUCUCCGUGGCGCCGUUCUUUGUCUCUGUUUGAGUCCCCGUUUCUAAUUAGCACAACAGCGUGUCUUAAUUAACCUCAGCCAGUCAGAAGCUACUAAGGCUUCCUAAUCAAGAGCUGCCUUUCUUGCGUGGGAGCUCCUCUGCCACGUUUCGGUGGCGGAGGCGAGCUGUCAGGAGUAAUUGAUGCUGAGUGACAGCUGAGGUGGAUUCAUAGUAAAAGGUGGAGUUUUUAGCCUCACUGUUGCAUUCAUAGGAUAGAAUUUGUCACCACCCCGCUGCGUGUCAAAAAAAAAAAAAGCUCUUGAACUGUAAAUUCUGACAAAAACAAUCUGCUACCAAACACAACAACAACCACAGGCCUUGAGUUGGACCAAAGGAGGUGCUAUUCUUUCAUUUUCUCUUUAAAUUUUCCUUUUUUUAAAAAAAUAACCAUUGUUGUUAUGCAAAUUGUGUUUAACCCUUGCUAACACCUUGUUUUCAAAGGAUAUGCAGUGAGGAGGUAAAAGGAUGUUUUUUUCCCCGGUGGCAGUCUGUUCAAAACAUCAGCAUACUGUGCACUAGCAUGAAAUGAAAUGACUGGAUGUGCAUUCCUUUUGAAAACAGGGCAUUUUCUUAUCUACCGUUUCAUUUUGACAAGUCUUGUUCCUCUUUUUGUAUCCUGUACAUGUUUACAUUGUAUCUCGCAUUGCCCAAAAGAGAAACAAUAUUAAAUGUAUUAUCUUUGUUGUUUUA